AUGAGCGAUGAGAGCUCCACAAGGAGAAAGGUCUCUUCUUAUUAUCGAAUAUACAUAUAUAUGUAGCCUCUGAGAUCUAUUACUGAUACUGAUUCCUGUUUAUGCCUUUUCCCUCUGAGAUCGACGAUUUAUACUUGUCGUGAGUUUCGUGAUUCUGAUUCCCUUUUGUGUCGUGUUUCCCCGAGAUUGCUGGUCGCGAUUCCUUCCUGCGACUUGUUCUUCUGAGAUCGACGAUUCUGAUUCCUCUUUUUUCUCCUUUGGGGUUUUGGGUAUGAAGCCACCCUGGUCAAAGUGUCUGGUCCGGAAAUGGUUCAACAUCAAGAGUAAAGGCCAGCUCUUCCAGGAUGUCGAUGACAGUAUCAGCAAAGGUGGGUUUCUUCGCGCUUCUUCUGUCAUCUCCCCUUUCCUCUAGGCUUUCUGGGUUAAGCGGUGCUGGAAUCUCCGGAGAGGAAACUUUUAUUCCUCAAUCCAGGAUUGUGCGUUCUUGAUUCAUUUGGCGGUCAUCAUCAUCAUCUUCCUUUUUCUUCCUUCUCUCCGUCUGGACCCCCAGUCGCUUCUCCGUUCAAGGUUUUCUCCCUCUCGGGCGGAAACUACCAUUCACGGAAUCAGUGACCAGCCCCGCCCUUUCCCACUUGGGUUUUCUAUGGCUUUCAGGAGGCGACGGGGAGUGGAGAUCAUCAAGCUUCUCGGAGAGGGAGACUUGGAGAGUGAAGAAAACCAGAAGAGGUGACUUGAUGCCAGAGUUUCAAAACCAUCCACGAUAUACCUUCUGGAAUCAUUCUCAUUAGUACUCCGAUUUUUCCGCAAAACUUGAAAACUUUUCUAUUUUUGGGUUCAAGAAGGAUCAUCCAGGCAGAAUCCCAGCCUUGUCCGGGGGAAAAGAUUCGAUCCAGAACCACCCCGAGUUUCAGGCGUCUUGGACUACCGGUGAAUCGAAUCACAGCGAACCCAUUCUUUGUUCGGUUUCCUCCAUUGACUUAAUUAUUCUACCCGCUAGUUACUCACUUCGGACAUCUGUCGUUAGGAUCUUCGUUUCCACAUGGAAUGUGGGUGGGAUAUGUCCACCAUCGCGCUUGAAUCUCGAUGACUGGCUCCUCUCGUCCCCAUUCGCCGACAUCUACGUGCUUGGGUACAUGCUUCCUUCAACCCAGGUCAACCUCUCCCUCUCCCCAACCAAUCUUCCUUCAUCCAUUCAAUCUGGGUUUGCUUCCAGAUUCCAGGAGAUCGUCCCCUUGAACGCCGGUAACGUUCUGGGCGCAGAGAACAAUGCCCCAGCGAAGAAGUGGGUCUCGCUCAUCAGGAAAACCCUUAAUAGUCCCCCGAGAACAGGCAGCAACAGGAGCUAUGACCCCAGUGUUGUUGACCCCGACGAAGACUCCGGCAGCUCGUCGUCCCGGAGAAGGGCGUUGCUCUUCCCGGACAGUCAUUCAUUCCGGUCCUCGAGCAACAGCUUUAGGACCGAUAGCGGGCUGAGCCUCUCCGGCCGGUCAGCGCUCGGAGGAAUAACCGGCGAGUACGAUUUUCACUGCGGAUGGUGCGGCUCUGAUGUGGGGGACGACGAGGAGAAUCCACGGGGGGACUCGUCAGGGGCCCUCAUCUGCUCACCGAGCUCGGAUCUACGCUGCAUCUCAUCUUCAAUGGAGAGAGAGAGAGAGGAGGGGAAGCUUGGCGGCUCCUCCAGGUCCUCGAUCUCAAUCUCUCUUAAUAGAAAAAUUCCCUCUCUCUCUCUCUCUCUCUCUCUCUCUCUCUCUCUCUCUCUCUCUCUCUCUCUCUCUCAAGAAAUUAUCCUUCACUUCACGGUCCUCGGCUCUGGCAGGUAUCUUCUGGUGGCCCGGAAGCAGAUGGUCGGGAUAUUUCUCACCGUAUGGGUGAGGACCGAGAUGAAGGACGACGUGAGGAACCUGAGGGUUUCCUGCGUCGGCCGGGGCCUGAUGGGACGGCUCGGAAAUAAGGUGCAUUCUUUCAUUUCCCCUUCCCUACCACCAUGAGAGCAGGGACAUGGAAGAUGCCUCCUUUUUCUACUUUCAACAAGCUUUCUCCCUCUCCAGGGCUCCAUCUCGAUCAGCAUGUCGCUGCAUCAGACCAGCUUCUGCUUCGUCUGCUGCCACCUGACGUCUGGCCAGAGAGAAGGCGACGAGCUGCGCAGAAACUCCGACGUCAUGGAGAUCCUGAGGCGAAGCCGCUUCCCUCCCGUCGAUGAUCUCGCUGGUGAGGGGAGACUGCCGGAGACGAUUCUCGACCAUAGGUACCUACUCCGAUUCAACCGCACCCCUUCUCCCCAGAGUCCUCCCUCCAAACCCUAAAGAGCCUCUUUUUCUCCUGUGAUCCAGCCGCAUAAUAUGGCUCGGGGACCUGAACUACCGCGUCGCCCUCUCCCACAACGCCGCGAGGUCUCUGGCUCAGGCCCGCGACUGGAGCUCUCUCCUCGAGAACGACCAGGUACUUGCUUAAUCUGGCAGCAUCGACCAGUAAGGAUCAUGGCGUAGGGCUGAUGAUUCUCCCUCCCACACGGCAGCUUCAUAAGGAGCAGAGAUUCAGGCGGGUGUUUGAGGGCUGGAAGGAAGGCAAGAUCUCAUUCCCACCCACCUAUAAAUAUUCGGCCAACUCGGAUCGCUUCUCUGGAGAUGACCUCAAAGUGAGGGAGAAAAGGAGGACUCCUGCAUGGUUAGAGCCAGUCGUCUUGACAUUACAGUCUUUUCUCUGUGCGGCGUUUCCUGAUCAGGGAACCUUCCUCUUCUGCUAAAAAACAGGUGCGACCGGAUCCUGUGGUACGGCUCGGGACUGAGUCAACUGUCUUAUCUCCGUGGGGAUUCGAAGCUCUCCGACCACAGGCCGGUCUUCGGCGUGUUUUCUGCGGAGGUCGAGUUGGUCUGCUGUGGAAGCCCGACGAAGAGCAUGGCUUGCUCCGGUUCCCGAAUAGAGGUGGAAGAACUGCUGCCAUAG